AUGUCGAGCCGAGAACCAUCUUCAGAUGGCCACAAAAGACCGGGAGAAUACCAGGUUAUCAAGAACAUUGGAGAAGGAUCUUUUGGUCAGGUUAAACUGGCCAUCCAUACUCUCACGGGCCAGAAGGUAGCCCUAAAGUACUUCUCGAAAGCUCGAAUAAAGAAUAUGAAACUAGGUGCUAGAGUCAACAGGGAAAUUCAAUAUCUAAGGCUUCUGGACCAUCCGCACAUUGUUAAAAUCUACGAAGUAAUAGACACCUCCACCGAUAUCAUUAUGGUCAUCGAAUUUGCCGGAGCGGAGCUGUUUGAUACCCUGGCCAAACACGGUCGAUUACCAGAGGAGACCGCUCGUAGCAUUUUCCAACAACUUGUCUCGGCCGUUGCCCAUAGUCACAAGUUCAAGGUCAUUCAUCGCGAUUUAAAGCCAGAGAACAUCCUCAUUGAUUGGUCGGGCCCAGUACCUGAUGUAAAAGUGAUUGAUUUUGGACUGAGUAACGUCAUGACGGACGGAGACUUUCUUCGGACCAGUUGCGGGUCACCGUGCUAUGCAUGUCCAGAGGUUAUCAGUGCGAAGCCACUCAACGGAGAGCUCGUUAGAGUCUAUGCAGGUCCUGAGGUCGAUGUUUGGUCAAUAGGGGUAAUACUAUACUUGAUGCUCGCCGGACGACUCCCUUUUGAGGAUGAGAAUACUCAUGCUCUGAUGGACAAGAUUUGUACUGGAAAGUACCAUAUACCCAGUGACAUACCACCAGAUGCCGCCAACCUAAUUAAGAAUUGCAUAGUUGUUAACCCAAUUAAGCGUUUAACCAUGUCGGACAUCAUGCAACAUCCAUGGUUCUUAGCCGGCUUGCCCAAAUACCUCCGGAUUGCGCCACAAACUCCGAAUCUAACCAUGCCUGUCGAGUCCUUAAGCUAUAUAUUGGCGCCACAAAAAGAAGCUAGGGCAGUUCCAGAAUCUAGUUGGCCCAUCCCGGAGCUCGUCGACGAACUAGUAGAGGCAAUUGGGGGGAGUAAAGAGGAGGUACUUGAAUCCCUGGGCGCAGAGGGGGACAAUGCCAUCAAGGUUGCGUACAACAUCGCCAGAGACAAAAGGCGGAAAACUUUGGAUUGGAGCGAACGAAUGCGCACCCAAGAAGAGGCCUCCGAUGUGGCCGCGACGACAGGCAUGAUGUCGAACCUUAUGGUGUCCAACCCGAAUCAACGUACCAACUACGAAACGGAUAGUACAGCUUAUGAUACUGACGAAGAAUGGGAAUUUGACUGGAAUGGAGAAGAGCAUAGCAUUGCGGUUCUAAACAGCAGUUUGCCUGCUGGUCAGCCGGAUCCAGAUGCACAUCAUCUAGCAUCUUAUGCCGAAGCGCAUGCCACAGCUCAAUCGCAGGAGCAGAUGCGAAUUGCACGUGGUGCAAAUCCUACAACAGAGAUACGCAAGAGGACCAAAUGGCACUUUGGAAUUAGGUCAAGAAGCCCGCCAAUGGAGGUAAUGUUGGAGCUCUAUAACACGCUCAAGUCUUUGGGGUGGGAAUGGAGGGAAAAGCCAAACCUCGUGAAGAAAAAAACUCCUGCAACAGGGGAGGAAGUUGAUCCCCGUGAAGACUCGGAUAUAUACUUCUUGGAGACACGCUGUCGCAUCAACGAUGUGGUUAUUCGAACAGAUUUGCAGCUAUACCAAGUGGACGCGAUCAAUUACCUCGUGGACUUCCGCAAUGUCGGCUAUUAUCAGGUGGUGCGCGACCAAGUGAAUGAGUCCCCGUUCACUGGGAUAGACGAUUCGCAGGUCAAUGGUGGCAAGAUCGGUGGGGAGGGUCGGAAACUAGACGACAUUACUAGCCCCUUUCUCUUUUUGGAGUCCGCAUGUCGGUUGAUCCAGCAGCUAGCGGGGGCGUGA